CGUCGGUCGAACGUGUCUCUCUACGUAUGGCUGCGUAUUGGCCAAGUAACUAAGUAACUACAAGCAGUAGCGAUCGAGCGUUAGAUCGACAGUACGCUUCCAACACGACGCAGUCGCCGGUGUGUGUACGGCUCGUUAACGAUUUUACAUUCAUACAAUUAUGCUUUUAGUUAGAAAUUUUUAACAAAUUAAUCAUAAUAAUUGAAUGAAUAAUUAAAGUGAAACAACAACAAGGCAGUGUAUUAAUUUAGUGGCAGCUUAAAGUGUGACUCAAGCAGUAAUUUAAGAAAAUCGAGUUUUUUUUUGUUAUUGUUGCAUGACCAGUAAGUCAUCACAAAAUAACUAACGAACGAAAGUAAGGGCAUGCCGACCACAGUCGUCAAUUUACUGGAUGCGCGCAAAAGUUCAGUGUGAAGGCUGUAAGCCGGCUGUGUCUAGAAGAUUCUCGCAGUGAAUUGUGCAUUAAAGGCCGUGGAAAGCGCCAUAAAUUACAAUUCGAUUCUGGCGAAAACCGGGGGGAAUUACAAACGAACAAAUUUCGACUGAGCGCCACACAACGGAAGAGAUCUUAGGAAUAAUAAAACAGGAUCAAUUAAUCAAAAAUACGCCACUUAACGAUAUUUAUAAAAAAAAAGCCUCCCAUCCAGUGGUAGUACAAAACCAAAAAGAGACACAACUAUAAAUUUAGUUGUAACCGAAAUAAAUCAGCGAUAAAACUAAUAAAAACAAACAACGAUUAAGCACUCGGCAAGUGCUAAUGAUCUACUAUAAAUACACAACUCGUGAAAAGGCGGAGAGCGCAGAGCAAUAAGCGAGUAGACGUCAGCACGUGAGUGAGCACUCGAAGUGCCGAAGCACAGCGCAAAAACACAAGCGAACAGCGCCUCAAAGUAUGUUCAAUUUGCUGCGGCGCUCCUCAAAGAAGAAGAAGAAAUCGAAUCAGGAGAAGAGUCCCAAGGCAGCGCGCUAUUCAGCGGGAGCGACGCCAGAAGAGCGCGCUGCUAGUAGCGGUUGUGAUAAAGCACAGAAAACCGCUUCCAUUGAGCGUUAUCGCUCGUACAACGAGUGGCAGCGUGAACGGGAGCGCGAACGCGAAUUUGAGCGAGAGCGUCAGCGCGAUGAGCGGCGCAUAGGGUUGCCAACGCACGCGUAUGCGGGCAAGCGGUUUGAACGCGCGGAAAUAGAAGAAUUCGAUGAUCUAAAAGAUUUAGAAGAAGAUGAAUACGACUAUUGUGAUGAUGAUGAUGAUGCGAGAAGUGAUGAGAGCGGAUUGGCGACUGUGGGACGCAAAUCACUGCUGGCGGGACAUGGUGGUGAUGGCGCGGUAGCGUUCGAGCAUUGUAGCUAUUUUCGCAGCAAGCGCCUUGAUGGCGAACGCGAGCGCGAAGUGGGGGACAAUAUAAAUUUAGCAAAAACAACAGCUGCCAACAACACGAAAGUGACGAACACAGUCACAGCGCAUGAAGAAACGGACGCUUCCGCAAGGGAUGGUGGGGUUGUAACAGCCGCAAGCAGUGUCGCGUCGUCUGCGUCGCCCAAUAAAGUGGCCACUUUGCGUAGCAAUGAUUUUAAUGUAGACAUAAUAAAUAAGUUUUCAUCUAAUCUAAGCAAAUUGGAUGGGCACAACGAUGAUGAACACGAACAUGCCGACGAGGACGUUCGUUUCGAACGACCAUGCGACGCUGCAGAAUGCGGUGAGAAUGAGUCGCUGAAUCGCUAUGGCAGUUCGAACGCAGAAGCUGUGUGGCAGGGGCGCACAUUGCCAGUUGUCAAUAGUGGAAAAUCUAAUAAAAACGAUCGAUGCAUCAAUCGAUCAAUAAUCGAUUCCGCACCAUACGAAUCCACAAAUCAAACCGCGAGUAGCGCAGCGUGCGCCGAAAAUGUCGAAAGGGCUGACGCGACGCCGGGUAGUGAAAAUAGAAUUAGGCACGGUAACGGUGAUGCAAUUCAUGGUGAUGAGCAAAUUGCACUAGCCACUGACACAGCAAAUGCUGCAGCAAUUAACGAAGUGAAGUAUCGAAAUUUAGUGAAAACAAAUAAAACGCCGAAGGCCCAAAAGAGCCACGAAGCGAAACGACAAUCGAGGCUAUCGCUGACAUUGGGACUGAACUUGAAGGGUGCGCGCAGCAAAAGUAUCACGGACGUCUCGGCUGCCAACACAGAUUCCAGCAGCAUCACUGGUUACUACAGUGGUUCGAGUAGCUGCUCCGGUCGCGGUCCGCGUAAGCGUUCGCAACUUGGCAAGGCAUUUCGGUAUUCAUUCCUGCGCGGACGUUCGAAGAGUAGUGACACCGAAACAACGCCCUUCGAGGAGGACGACUCCGCCGUGUCCGUGUUGGAGAAUUCGAAAGCAGAACGUAGUGCAAACGGUGUUGGUAGUAAGGCUUUCCGAAAGAGUAAAGAGUUCCUAAGUGAUUUAUUUAUGGCGCGUGGACGUAAUCAUAACCGCAGUCGCAAUACACAAGCACAAUUGCAAAGCGCUGCCCAGAACCCACAAUUACACACACAACAACAACAACAGCAUCAGCAAAAAUUGGCACAACUUCAGCAGCAAAAGCAACAACAAGCAUUAGCGAAGGACAACCGUACGUUAGCACCUGUCAGCGCGCCAACAAACGUCAACAACAAUAGUCAUCCGCAUCAUAAUCAUCAACAACAGCAACAGCAACAACGAAAUACUCAUAACAAUAGUUUCUCUUCACCUACAAAUCCAGUGGCAGUAAUGCAAAAUGGCCAAAAUAAUUCGGUUAGUACACACCUUGAGUUGAUCCCCGACCCCUCGGACGCAUCCACAAAUAGUUAUCAAAUAACGAAGUCUAAUAAUAGCGUGAAGAAUGUGAGCCGAACGGCCGAAUACGAGGAGCGCCAACGACGCAGCAAUUCAGCGGGAGAGCAACAGCUGAGCGCGAGAGCUGCCGCAAUGGAUGCCGGUUUGCGUGCGCGCUCAGCCGAUCCACAGUGGAGCACGAGCGAGACUGGAGCCCAGCAUGAGAGUAGAGUGAUCGAAGAGGAGUCGGCCGAACAGAGGCUGAAUGAGCCUCGCAACGGCGAGUGCGAUGUUAUUCGCGAGAUAAGAGUCGAGUUGAACGGUACAUUCAAAACGGCAGGCACGGAUAACAACAACGCGGAACAGCCGAAUGAUCGUGCGGGGUGUAUUGCAGACGAACUGCGUAAGAAUAAUACAAAUAACGCAAGUAAACAAAACGAAGCAACAAAGGUCGAGGGUGAAAAGUGUGCAAUAGAAAGUGACGUGGAGGUAGAAGAUUCUGACGCAGUCAGUCUGCAUGAAAGUGACGUUGAAGUUGGCGGUAAUAGUGCUCUUGGUAACGGUAAUCAGUGCAACGCCGAAGUGACGACAUGUAGUGCAGCGCGUGAGGCACCGCAUAGUGCGUUCCCCCUAACAGCGACAACAACAACAACCGCAAGUGUACCAACAAAUAUCGCGAGUUUCGACCGCGAAGCGUGUGACAUACCGUCGUCAAUACCAACAGAUUCGUCGUCAUCUUCGUCUGUGUACCCAAGUGACGCCGAGUCCAUGGGACAGACUAACGCUAAGCCAAGCGAUGCCGCGCCCAGUGCUCACGCUGACACACCGGGUGAAUUUCGCGAAAACGUUUCGUCGGAAACGAACAGCAGUGACGCGAGUGCAAGUGUAGACGAUACACCGCGUGUGCCAAUAUUGCCCAAAAUAACUGUUGUAGACUGCAGCGGUAGUCAAGAAAAUUCCCUAGCUGGAAGUCCGGUUGAACAAGAAGUGUUUUACGAUUUUGAAAAAGAACCACCAAAUAGGAAACGCGAAAGCGCCGGUGUGGAAAUAAGCGUUGUCGACGAGGUAGUAGAGGACAUUGAGGACGAUGAUGAUGUCUUCCACGAUCAGGAGAUACCCGCCACUGUUUACCAACCCAAAUGGCCUUUGCGCUAUAAUCACACGAAAUUGGAGAAUGUGCCCGAGCAGGAGGAGACUGAGGAUGAGACCGAUCUUAAAUAUGUCGCAGCUGAUGGCGAUGCAGACAGCAAGGCAGACUCGGACUCUGACGACGUAGAGGCUGGUGCCGGUAUUGAUGUGACAAAACUCGACGGCGUCGACAACCUUGACAUUGAGUACGAGGACAGCCAACAUUUCGAUAGCCCUGAGCGUAGUACACUCAAGAGUGGCAAUACGAGUGAUUCCAAUCUGAGCACCAGCUACCCCGACUCGGGCAUUAGUUCUCACUGCUCGUCAACAUCGUCGUAUAGCCGCCGGCAUUCGAGUAGCGACAAUGAGACGCGCGCUACGCGUUCAACUAAGAGCGGGUCACCAAUAAUGCAACAGCAUUACAAUAAUAAUAACAACAAUCGUCACCAACAACAACAUACGUCACGUUUGCCCUUCGUGCGCGAUGGCAAUUCGACCGAUUGCGAUGAGACGCUAAUGCAAUGCGACGAUCUCGACUAUCUGACAGAGGCUGUGGAUCCGAAUGAACGUUUGGUCUGCAUUGAGAGCAUUAGCUUGCCGGAUGUGGUGGUCGAGUCAACGACCGGGUCGUCGGUUGCGAAUACUUCCGCUUCCUCCGCCACCGCGUCUGGUAAGGGAGACAGUGAGCAGAUUAUCAAUAUCAACGGUGCUACAGGGAACAGUAUUGGUAAUGUGCACUUCAUACCAAUUCAUGUGGAGGGUAGCGACCCACCGACGCCGAAGAGACGCAGUCUUGACGACAGUGUGCUCGGCAGUGGUGGUGGCAUUAAUAAAUCCUUCGCGCACAUGAACGGACUGCAUCAGAAGUCAACAGUGGAGAUAAUAGAGGAGGACACUGAGUUAACAAACGGCACAGCGAACGGAUACCAGAACAAGGAGCACGACGCAACGGUGGAAAAACUGAGACGCGAACUAAUUGAACAAAAAUCACAUUACAACACACAGAUUGGGGAUGCGCAGAAGAAUGUGCAAAAUCUGCAGAAUAAAGUCAGCGAGAUGCAGGCGAAAAUCGAGAAACUGGAACAAGAGAUGUCGGCGAAGGCGUGGAAUGUAGAGCGAUUGCAGGGCGAGCUGAGAGCGGCACAGAAGGACGAUGACUUUGUGCGAAAGCGACUGAAGUUGCUGGAAGAUGAAAAGACAAAUCUGCGGCAUAAGUACAGUGAGAACGAGGACGAAUUUAGACGGAAAUAUGAGGAACUCGAAACGCAGUACCACGAACUGGAGGCUAAGUACAAUGAGACGAAGAGUUUGGCCAGCAAUUUGCAAACUCAACUGGCGACGGCACAAAGCGAAGCAGAGGAGUGGCGCAAGGAGGUGGAGAAAAUACGCGGCGAAUUGGAAGCGCAAAUCCAAAUAUUGAAGAACGCGUUGGAGAACUCGGAAGCGGAACGGAAGAUCUGUCAGGAUAAAUGGCAAAAGGAAUUCGAAAUGCUGAGGACACAAAAUCAAGAUCGCGAGGAGAACCUUAUGGCCGAUUGCGAAUGGCAGCUGCGCCAGAUACACUUGCAGGCCAAAGAUAAAACCGAUAAACUGCUGCACGAACGCCAGUUGGCUAUGGAGCGCACAGAACAGCUGCAUAACGAGUUGGAGGAACGCAAGCAGGAAGUCGAGGGUUUGAUGGUGUACCAGGCAGAGGUGAAGUCACUGCGUGGCGUUGUGGCCGAACAAGAGUCGGCGAUCAAAACACUUAUGCAACAGAUAGACAACAUAAAGUCCGAACUGCAUACGGCCAAUACGGAUUUAGAGGAGCAGAUGAAGGCCGUUAAGAAAAUCAAAAAUCAGUGUGAUAACGCGCUCUGUGAUAAGGAACGUGAAGUAGUCCAUCGUAUCAAUGAGGUGCGCAAUCAAGCUGCCCUCUUCUGGGAGGACAAACUUUAUACUGAGAUGACAAGACUGAAAACAGAACUCGAAUCCGUUUAUGUGGACGAGCGCCGCGAAGCUCUCGAUAAGCUGCAAGCUGAGCAUAUUGAAGAGCUUCGAGCUCUGACGACGCGCUACACCGCCAAUGAGGAUGAGCUCAGAGUUGAGCUCAACGAAGUGCAAGAGCGUUUUGAGCGCAAAAAUGAGGAGUUCAUUGAGAUGCGAGAUAAAUCUGACACCAGCUUGCUACAGAUGCGUAUGCAUUUGGAUCGCGCCGAUCGUGAAUACCAAAACGCCAUGUGUCGGGAAGAGGAGCGACGGGAGACGUUAGAGGCAAAUUUGCGAAAAGAGUUUGAAGCUGAAAGGGAAGAAAUGGAAGAGAAGUUCCGCGAGCGCUUAAGUCAGGUUAAGGAGGAAUUUGCCAAAGAGCUGCAGGAUUCGACACAGGAAAUGCGACAGAAAUAUCAAAAGGAAUUGGAGCAACAAAAAGCUAAUUUACAAGCUGAAAAGGAGGAAGCGCUGCAAGAGCUUUCCGAUCGACAUCGUAAAAAGCUCGCCGCUGUCGAAGAGCAAAUCAAAGAAAUUGAACUUCGACACAAACACGAUUUGAAGGAUCUGAAAGCAGCAUAUGAUACCGAGAAAUCGGCCAUGGACAAGCGUGACAUCAGCAAUACGAACGAAAUUGAGCAGCUCCAUCGGAAGUGUCGUUGCCUGACAAAUCUCUUUGAGGAGAUGCGCAUGCGCUACGAACGUCGCGAUCCGCGUCCCGAAGAUUUGCGCGAAAUCGACGAGCUACGAACUCGUUGCGAGUCUCAAGAGCGUGAUCUCUUCGAGCUCACCGAUCGUCUUCGUGAAAUGCAAAUACAAAUGAAUAACAUGCAAGCUAAUGGCGAAGCGGGCAAAAAGCCUGCAAAGCCGGUGAAGAAGCCACCACCGAAAACGAUACCAACAAAUUGUGAUGUCAUCUAUGAGGAUGAAAACGAAGAACGUGAAUCACCACCACCACAAACGGCGACAAGUCGUACAACAACCCCACUAAAUGAAGACGAAGAAGAUGCGGAAGAGGAAGAAGAUGAUGAUGAUGACGAUGAGGAAGAAGAUCAAGUUGAGAACAAAGAAGUUAUGGAAGCUACAGCGAAAACAGUGAAGACCGCACAGGUUACGAAUAACCAAACAAGAAUCGUCAAUGGCGAUGUCAAAACUGCCAAUCUGAUAAUUUCGAACAACGACCUCAUUAAGAAGAAUAUCAAUACAAUCAACGAAGACGAUGAGAGUCAUAUGAUUACAGCGAUGUAAGGGUCUCGCAGAGCUUUUAAAGUUGCGAUACCAUGGUACUAGGACCUUUUAGCGUUUUACGAAGAGUUUUUAAAACUUUUUUGUAUGUAAAGCGAUGAAAGCUUUCAACGCCUCGAAAUUUUGGUACGAUGAUUUCCUAAACUUCUUUCAAACUACACGCGCCCACACACAGCCCAAUUUGGUUUGGAUAUUGUUUGUUUGUUUUGUUGAAAAGUGGAUUUUUGAAUUUUUAGUUACUCUAUUUCUAUAGAAAUUGUUACAUAGCUAUAUAAUACCACCGGCACUUUGGAGGAUACACACACACACACACACA